CUCCACUCUCGCACGGCAUCAGCAGCACCAGGUGCGGCGCGGCGCGGACGGCGAAUCGACCCCCGCCCCCGGCGAGGUCUCUCUGGACUGAUGGCAGAAGAGAAGAAACCACAAUUGCUGCCACCAUCGCCGUGGUCAGCCCUCCCGCUGGACCUAGCAAGCCUGGUGCUCAGCCUGCUCCCCGUGUAUGCCGACCGCGCCUGCUUUGCCGCAGUAUGCCCGCAGUGGCGUGCCGCUGCGAGGCAGGUCCAGCCGCCACCACUGCCGUUGCUGGCACUUCCUGAUGGCACCUUCUACAGCCUCAUGGACGACAAGCCCUUCCGCUUCCCUGGCUGUGGCUUCGCAGUGUACGAGAAUGUCUGUGGCAGCUGGCUCGUCUUCUCCCGCGAUGACGGUUGCUUCCUGGUCAACCCCUUCUCUGGAACCACUGUGACGCUCCCUGCUCUCUCGAGUGUCCGACUACGGCCUCCAAAUGCGGUUGCGAAAUACAAAUGGUCAGAUGUUGGAACGGCAAAAUGCCCCUACAUCACAUGGAUGCAUAUCAAUGACUCAGAGAAGCUACACAUUACCAAGCUAAUCAUGUGCUCGUCAAACCUUGUUGCUGCACUUGUUGGCAUUGGACACACCAGCCAGAUUCUAAUGUGCCAGCCAGGGGCCUUGUCGUGGUCAGUACGCGCUUACAAUCAGUGCAAGGAUUUCCAAGACAUGUCAUUCUACCAGGGAAAGCUCUACACCGUUGCCAAGGACGAGAACCUCCUUAUGGUGAACAUCAGCCAGGACCAUAGCACCGGCGAUCCACAGGUUUCUCGGAUUGGACAAGUCAUCAAGGGUGAUUCUCCUCCAUGGUAUUCACGUGUGUUCGAGGACAACAGUAAGGCCUACAAGAAGCUCUACCUAGUUGAAUCGUGUGGGAUGCUUCUGAUGGUACGAAGGACGAUUUGGUGUCAGGUUCCUGAACCUGGAGGGGAUGAUAAAGUUAUGGCUGGAAAGAAUGAGUUUGAGGUUUUCGAGGCUGACUUUGAGCAUUCACGGUGGGUCAAGGUGUCGACCGUGGGGGGUGACCAAGUGCUGUUUCUGGGGCGAAGGUCCUCGAGGUCCAUGUCCGUGUCGCAGUACGGGUUGCCGGGCAAUCGCAUCUUCUUCUUGGACGAUGAUGAGGAUAAUCGCAUAGAGUAUGCCUAUGAUGAGGAGAACACUUCUUUCGGCAUCUAUUCCAUGAGAUUCUGCAGCAUCCGUUCCGGUGCUCCAAAUAUUUCCUGGAAGCGCUGCGCUGAGAUGUAUCUGGCAGCAUGGCUCUUCCCUGAGGACCGUUGAGAGGUUCUUACAUUGUUAGCCCGUUAUCGCUAUGCAAGCUGCUCCCAGGUUAUCUGACCAUGCUUAGGGAUGUUCUCGCUCUGUGGUUAUUCUGCAAGCUGCUCACCGAUGCAUACGGUGGUUCCCCUACCUACAGGCCGUGAAAUGCAUUGGUAGAAAUUAUAUGAACUUUGGUAUUCUGUUAAGUGCCGUGUUCCACCAGUGCUUGCCUGAACUUCUAGUACUAUGAAAGCUGCAAGCUUCCAGCUACUGUGGAAUGUUGUGCUGAUGCAUGAUCUUUGUCAUGGCACGGCAUGGUCUUUGUUGUCACCCUGUAGCAAGUAACUAGCUCUUGAACGUUAGAUUGUUUCCUGCUCA